CCCCGGGCUGCCAGAGCCCAAGGAACAUUUGAACAAUGCUCCCAGGGAUGUCCAGGCUGGGAUUGUUGGGGUGUCUGUGCAGGGUUACACUGGAGGAUUCUCAUGGAUCCCUUCCAAGUGAAGAUCCCGGAAGCUGCGCUGCGGGAAAACCGAGAUAAGACCGGUCGCAACCUGAAGGAGUGGCUGCGGGAGCAGUUCUGCGACCACCCGCUGGAGCGCUGCGAGGACACCCGGCUGCACGACGCGGCCUUCGUGGGGGACCUGCCCACGCUGCGCAGCCUGCUGCAGGACGAGAGCUUCCAGAGCCGGAUCAACGAGAAGUCGGUGUGGUGCUGCGGGUGGCUGCCCUGCACGCCGCUGCGCAUCGCCGCCACCGCCGGCCACGGGCCCUGCGUGGACUUCCUGCUGCGCAAGGGCGCCGAGAUCGACCUGGUGGACGUCAAGGGCCAGACGGCUCUCUACGUGGCCGUGGUCAACGGGCACCUGGAGUGUGCCAGGAUCCUGCUGAAGGCCGGCGCUGAUCCCAACGGCAGCCGGCACCACCGCAGCACGCCGGUGUACCACGCGGCGCGCGUGGGCCGCGCCGACAUCCUGCAGGAGCUCAUCAGGCACGGCGCGGACGUGGACGUGAACCAGCAGCUGGCGUCCCGCGGGCCGGGCGCGGCGCCGCGGCCGCUGACCACGCUGGUGGUGUGCCCCCUGUACAUCAGCGCUGCCUACCACCACCUGCCCUGCUUCCGCCUGCUGCUCCAGGCGGGAGCCGACCCGGAUUUUAACUGCUGCGGGCCCAUCAACGUGCGCGGCUUCUCGCGGGGCUCGCCCGUGUGCGUGCUGGACGCCGUCCUGCGGCACGGCUGCGAGCCCGCCUUCGUCCGCCUCCUCGUUGACUUCGGAGCGGACCUCAACCUCGUCAAGGUGGAGGCCCUGGCAGUCGAGGCCACGGGGAGGGUCAAGGUGAACGCCGAGGCGCUGGAGGUGUUCAAAGAAGCGAGGGGCCGCGCCCGGAGCCUCUUGUCUCUGUGCCGCAUAGCUGUGCGGAGAAUCCUUGGCAAAUCCCGCCUGGAUCUGAUCCCCAGCCUUCCCAUCCCAGACCCCAUUAAACAAUUUUUACUCCAUGAACACAGUUAAAGGGCGGCUGGCUGCUUUUGGGGACAGUUUGACUUGGUAGAUGAGUGCCCUGACAGAGCCAGGUGCCAAUCCUGCCUCUUUUUCCUUCAUGGAGUGCACAUAAUUCCCUGCUCCUGUGGAUUUUUUUUCUCCUCCAGAUUUAGGGUGCAGUGAUUCAGUGUCUUAUCUCCUUGGGGAGAGGCUGCUAAACGUGUGUGGGUGUUAUUCGAGCAAAUACAAUAUAUCCUGUAGCUGUUGGCAAA